AUGAAAAGUGCACAAAGGGACUAUCCAGAUAUCCUACAUUCCUACAAGCAAAAUCCUACUUUGGUGCUAGAACCACAUACGCAGCAUGAGGACCGUCUCCAAAAGAUCCACGAAAUUCUCCCUCACCUGCGCGAUCUCCCCACGAAUGCAAAACGUCCACCUGGCUCCUUCGAUAUCUUUGGCUACGGCUCCAUCAUCUUCAAGCCGCCACCCCAUGUGAUUAGCUACACUCCCGGGUAUAUCCAAGGCUUUGUACGCCGUUUUGCGUUGCACUCGGAGGACCACCGCGGCACACCAGAGCGACCCGGUCGUGUGGUGACACUCGUAUCCGCAGAUCACUGGCACAGCUUGCCUGGCGCCGACGAUGCGCCGGAAGGUGACAUUGUCUGGGGCAUCAGCUAUACCAUUGACCCGGCGCAUGCGGACGAGGUGCGAGCCUACUUGGACAAUCGCGAGAAGAUCGGUUAUACACCCAUGUGGGCACCGAUCUUCGGGUACCACGGCAUGUCAGAAGAACCCCAAGUACUUGUGCCGGAAGCCCUGGUGUAUGUGGGCUUGCCUGAUCAUGAAGCAUUUGUCGCCAUUUCGGCUCCCGGUGGACUUCGUCCCAGGCAGUACAGUAACAAUACGCAAGAGGAGAUUUCGAAGCAGGCCGUCGAUGAUCCCAUUGGUGCUACAAACAAGGUGAUGAAGAUGCCUAACCUUGGGCAACCGGGCUACGAGUCCUUUGCAAAGCACGAGUAUGGUGUUGUUCAUCCUGGUGACAGGGCCUCACACCACCAGGUGCCCUGGUUCGACGAUGGCACCUUCCCUUUCACGCAGCCGGCUGGCUCCAGUCGCGACUCGCGUGGUGCUCUCAAGCAUGUGCCGAAGUCGACAAACGGCUUCGUCCUGAAAGAUGAUCUUCAUCUCAGCGGUGACGCGGUGCAGCCGUACUACAUUACCGAGGACUACAACGCUGACGAUGUCAAGCGAGCGAUUGUCGUUAUCCCAGGCAUGCCCCGCGAUGCAUGGAAAUGGACAACGUUGAUGCAGAACGCUUUCCGCUAUGUGUACACUAAUAAGAAGUAUGGCAUGAAGAAAAAAGACGUGAUUAUUGUGUCGCCUCUUGCUCUGAUCCAAGAAGAUAAGGAGGCAGGUGCCGUGACGAACGACAACUGGGCCGUGUAUAAAAGCUCAUUUUGGUCGGCAGGUGGACACACAAUCUCGCCAAGCUUGAAGAAUCCUGUAUCGUACUUUACGGCGUUGGACAAAAUGGUGGAUAUGCUACUGGACAAGAGCAAGUUCCCUAACAUUGACAAGGUGGUGAUCGCCGGCCACUCGCUGGGGGCCCAGGCUGUUCAGCGGUACUCAGUGAUCCGCAAGUAUAACGACAACCAGGACGACUCGUUGUUGUGGUGGAUUGGUAACCCGGGCUCUUGGACGUGGCUCACCGAUAAGCGCCCGACCUACUGGCCGAACUGCCCUGACUUGAUGAACUCUUGGCCCUAUGGUCUUAAUGAAUCGGCCCUUCCUGAUUAUAACAAGGACGCAAACUCGGGAGACCUCGUUAAUACAUUCCGUGGAAGAACUGUGCAAAUUGCCCUUGGUCUGGAUGACAACGGUGCCGGAAACACGCACUGCCAAGCCUACUACCAGGGAGCGAACCACCUAGACCGCGGCACUCAUUUCAUCAAGAGUCUAGUGAAUAUGGAUGGUGGUCUGCCCUCGGGAUUUGAGGUGAACUACGUGGCCAAGGUUGCACACCAGGACUAUCCCAUGUUCGCCUCGUCCCGUUCGCUUGAUUUUAUUUUUGGCAAGGACUUUUAG